CGCCUCGCCGCUUGCCUCGCUCCCCCAGCCGGGGUUCGGCGGAAGGAUCGUCCCGGGGCCACGGGUCCCCAGGUUGGGCCGGCGCCGCCGCAGCCGCUGGAGAAGCCCCGGCGGACGCCAUACUAGAAACCAAAAUGGCUGCCCCGAGGAAGCCCGCACCGCGCAGCCAGUAAGGGCCGUGGAGAAGGCUUCCCGCCGCGGGAGGGAGGAGGGGGGAGGGGGACCCCCGCCAGGACCUGCUGCUGCUGCUGCUCCUCCUCCUCCUGGGCCCAGGCCCCCCCAAGGUAUCCUGUUCCAGUUACAGCUGACACUUCUGUGUUAUAUCAACAUAAAAUACUAUACAGGAAAAAUGAUAAAAUUUUUCCUCAUGGUGAAUAAGCAAGGACAGACCAGACUUUCUAGAUACUAUGAACAUGUGGAAAUCAAUAAGAGAGCCAUUCUAGAAGCAGAUGUCAUCAAAACAUGCUUAUCACGGUCCAAGGAACAAUGCUCUUUUAUCGAAUAUAAGGAUUUUAAGCUCAUAUAUCGGCAGUAUGCAGCUCUCUUCAUUGUGGUUGGAAUCAAUGAAACUGAGAAUGAAAUGGCUGUGUAUGAAUUCAUCCAUAAUUUUGUGGAAGUUUUGGACAUGUAUUUCAGCCGCGUGAGUGAAUUAGAUAUAAUGUUUAACUUGGAUAAAGUGCACAUAAUUUUGGAUGAGAUGGUGCUGAAUGGCUGCAUUGUGGAAACUAACAAGGCUAGAAUCCUCGCUCCUCUCCUGAUUCUUGACAAAAUGGCAGAGAGCUGAAUAAAGAAGCCAUGUCCUGACAGCACCGAUUCACAGGAAAUGCCAGAGGCACAGAACACCCCCUGCAGCUGUACCUCCAGAAAAUCCACAAGGCCACACAUUACAGCAAAUUGGGGUCUAGUGCCAAAAGCAUGGUUUGGGGAUUUGGGGAUUUCCAUAGUUUCCUAAAUGGAAAACAGAAGUAGUCUCUUCAAAAUGUGAUGUGCAAUGGGAAUUAUUAAUUAGACGAUGAGGUAAGGAUCUUACCAAUUGUAAUUCUAAGCAUAUUUCUUUACACUUCUUAAAUUUGAUUAAAUAAAAUAUCUGGGCAAUCAGUUGAAUUUCAUAAAUCAAAUCAAGGAAGGGAAGGAAAAGGUGGGAGGGAAGCGUGAUAUUUGCCAGCCAAUGAAGUUUGAAAAUUGGCUUGAAAAACUACAUAAAUAAUUCGAGAUUAUGUUGUUUUCCUAUUUAAGACUUUUCCUGUCUUUUUUUGAUACAUUUUGAUAAUUUUUUUUUUAAACUGAGUGUAUCUUCUAAAUAAACUUUUCACAAUUUAUUCUGGCCCCAUUUGCCAUUCUACAAAAGCUUUUGUAAUUAAAAAAAAACAAUUUUCAGAGCUAUAUAUAUAGCAAUUAAAAUAUUAAAUUUGUACAUUUAUCAGUUAAUAGGUAAUUAGAAUAAAAAUAGUUUUCAAUUACCGAUUAGACCACUUUUUUUUUUUAAGUGAGGCAACUGAGGUUAAGUGACUUGCCCAGGGUCACACAGCUAGUAAAUGUUAAGUGUCUGAAGCCGCAUUUGAACUCAGGUACUCCUGACCCCAGGGCCGGUGCUCUAUCCACUGUGCCACCUAGCUGCCCAGAUUAGACCACAUUUAAAAAAAUUUCAGCUAACUUUUUGGCACCUCAGUAUUUUCACUGUCGUUUAGUUUGCUUAUACAGAAAAAAAUAUAUAGAAUGUCUCAUGUUUAUAUGAAAGAUGUAGAGACUUUCUCCCAUCCUACUCCUGUCUGACCUAGUCCAUAUCUCCAAAGGAAGCACUAUUAGUAGAAUUGGUCUAUGUACCUGUGUGCAGGGGAAACAGUGGAAAACCUAUGUAAAGGAUAGGUAAAGAUAGUCUGCCACCUUGUGGAAUGCAGGUCACAUUCCACCAUUUUUCUAACAGUCCCACUGCCCCUAGUCAAAUGACCAAGUUUACCAAGUAUUUAACAACACACUGAAUACUACCAUUAUUAUAUAUACCAAUUAUUAAUUACUUCCUAGUUCAGUUCUUCCAAACUUAUUUAUUUCCUAGAACACUUUCACUCAUUUAAUAGUCUGCAUAUGUAAAGCUAGGAUCUAAAUGUAAAAGAUAUGGGACAGAAGCAGCUACUGGUCAGCCCUCUAAGGCAAAUCCUGGAAAAACUAGAAGAUUCCUCGAAUGGAGGAAUAGAGGAUACCUGAGUAAAAGUGACCAUUGGCAGCAGUAUUAUAAAGAGACCUAGGGCAAUGGGGAAGCCCAGGUUGGAAUGAAGCCUUUGAUGAGACACACAAGCUAGAAAACACUGUCCUACUUGGUAGGCACUUCAUUAGUAGCCUAUGUCAGGGAAUUACUGGAACUAGUACACCAAGACUUUGCACCAAGGGAAUGCACAAAAUUAAUUUCUGGGUCAUACCAAAAUAGUAGCUGUCUUACAUCUUAGCACAGAUUUUUAGAACCUUGUGAGCUUAAUGACUUUUUAAAAAAUGCUAGGCAGGUAUCACUGAAGAAAUCCUACUUAGGGAGCCUCACAUCUACUAGUUAUCUUUAUGGUAUUUUGAAAUGAAAAAUAAAUAUGCCCACAGUGUGGCUCAUAAACUUUUUGCACUGACCUAAACCAAUCAGUAAUGGGUAAGUCUAGGAAACAAAAUGUUGCAUGGAGAGUAAAAAGUAGGGUCAAAUACCCCAGUCUUGCAGUUUACUACCUGUGUGACUUUAGGAGCAUUAUGUUUGUUUUGCUUAAAUAUGAUACUUUAUUUCAAGGGAGGCUUCUAUGGAGGAAGGGAGACAUUGGAAGUGUGUAAUAUUUGUUCUUUUAAGUAUCAAUAAAACAUUUGUUUUUUGG